UCUUCAGAAGAUCCCUACUCCAGGAGUCAAAAUAGCAUGAAAUUUAAUUUUACGCCUAUUUGACAAAGCUUGAUUUCACCUCCAAUCAGCAGGGAGAUAAGAGCCCUCGGCACAAGUGUGCGGGCAGUUUGGCAGCUGGGGCUGCCGAUUUAAUAGGUGAAUUUACAGGGACAACACUUGAAAAUCCCCUGGCGAGUGAACCAUUAAGGUGAGCCCUGCCUUCGCGUCCCCGCGUCCCUCCCCGCGCCGCUCUCCCGUUGCUGGGUGCUAAAGCAAACCCCAGCUCUGUUUACCGAGUCUACUAUUACAAUACGGCUACCAAAUAUUUGCCAGCCGUCAGCUCGCUGCUCCGCUAUAAAUACUUCAGGCCCAGGUGGAGGGACGGGCAGGGGGAGCGGCGCGGGAGCCUAUGCAUGGCCGGGCGGCAGCGCCAAGGGUGACUCCCGGGGGUGCCUCUGAGCGCUGCCAUGGCUGCGGGUGUCAUCCAGCCCCUGGCCGAGCUGCGGCUGCCCUCGCCCUUCCCGCACGGCCUCCUGCUGCCCACGCACCCUGAGCCCGACUUCCCCGACCUCUCCGAGGAGGAGGAGGAGGAGGAGGAGGAGGAAGAGGAGGAAGAGGAGGAGGACGUGGAAGCGGUAGAGGAGAGCGUGAGGCCGGAGCUGGCCAGUGUCUCCAGCACAGCCGAGACCACACUGCGUCUCCUCAAGUUUUCGGAGCUCAUCAGCUGCGACAUCCAGCGCUACUUCGGGCGGCGGGGCCGGGAGGAGGCGGCCGGCAGCCGCCCGGUGCCCGCGGACUGCGGCUCGCCCCCGAGCGCUGCGGCCGUGCCCGAGGCCCCGCGGGGCAGCCCGGGGGCCGCGCACAGGCUGGGGCCGCUGGCCGAGCUCUUCGAGUAUGGCGUGCAUCGCUGCCUGCCCGCUCGGGCGGCCGGCGGCAAGAGCCAGCGGCUGGAGAGGAAGUACGGCCACAUCACCCCCAUGCACCGCAGGAAGCUGCCGCCCUCCUUCUGGAAAGAGCCGGGCCCGGGCCCCGCCGGCCUGCUCCACACCGGCACCCCUGACUUCAGCGACCUCCUGGCCACCUGGACAGUGGAGCCAGGACCAGAGCUGCCAGGCGCUGGGCGGGAGCUGCUGGGCCGCCCGGGGCUGGAGGCAGAGCCCUUUGCGGGGCUGUGACCCCACCGUGGCCCCGGUCCCGCCACGUGCCACCCGGUUAAUGAUAAACCCGGUGGCCCCGGUGCCAGCAGCGGGGCCCUCGGAGCUGCCGGGUCAGAGCCGGUGAUGGGACGAGCGAAUAAAUGACUCCCGCCAGGCAGCAGCGUGUGCGGUGUCCUUUGCCACCCGCCGCUGUGCUGUCCCUGCUGCCAGAGACAAAGGGCUUGGCACGACCCUGGGGGCUGCUGGCAGCAGCGGGAAGAGCAGGGCACCGCGGUGCCGGCG